ACAUUCACAUUUCGAAGUACUUUGAAACAAUUUUGUUUGCUUUCAUUUUCAAUAAUAAUUUUAAAUGUUUUCAAAAAUUUAACCACUUCGAGCUCUUCCCCAAUGCUUGCCCUGUUGCCCAUAAUUUAAGGAGUUAACUUAGAAUUUUCAAAUUUUAUAAAAAUGAAUUACAUUGAUCAUAUUUAUCCAAUAACAUCCAAUAUAUUUCAAAAGGGUAAAUGUCAUAUUUGGUCACUGAGAUUUAUAAAUCAUGUCAUGUUUAGUCAUAAAAAAAUAUCAAUUUAUGUCCAACUUCAUUAACGGAGUUGGACGAAGACUAACAGAGAGUAACUAAAUGUGACAUGUUUCAGUAAUUCGAGUGACAUUCAUAAAAAUAGAAGUAAUUCGAGUGACCGGAGUUGGACGAAGGCUAACGGGAGGGUGACUAAAUGAGACCUGUUUUAGUAAUUCGAGUGACCAAAAUUUAUAUUAAUUUUUUGGGUAAAUACAAUAUAUUAGCCACAACUAUUAUGAAGCGGGGAAUUAUAGCCACAACUAUGGAAAUUCAAAUUAUUAGCCAAAUGUUAAAUCUCUGUUAACAAUUCCGUUAGUAAUGUUGACUAAACUUUUAUGUUUUAAUGUUAUAAAUUAAAAACAGUCUGACGUGGCUGAUUGGCUGCUACCGUGGCCGAUGAUGUUGCCUUCUCCAUUAAAAAUUCAGUAAUAGUAACGGACAGUUAGCCAUAUCUUGACCCGCAACAAUAGUUAUGGUUAAUAAUUUGAAUUUACAUAGUUGGGGCUAUAAUUCCCCACUUCAUAAUAGUUGUGGCUAAUAUAUUGUAUUUAUCCUAAUUUUUUCUAGUAACUAAACAUAACAUGAUUUAGUAAUCCUAAUGACCAAAUGUGGAAUUUACCCUAUUUCAAAAUGUAAAGAUUAAUUUUUCAAAAUAUUACAAUAAAAAUAAAUGACAAUAUACUUAAUAAACACUAUUAUAAUGAAUAAUCAUUACCAUUUAUGUGACUAAUCACCAAAUCGCAUAAAUAAAUACCAAAUCGCAUAAAUAAAUACAGUGUGAAUUAAAUUAAACCGACCUUUCACAAAAGAAAAAGCUGCUCUCUUAUAUAUGGGUUGGCAAAAAAACUUUCCACAUCUCAAUAUGCCGGCAAAAUAAAUGGUGGAAUUGUUUAGGAAAAUAAAACAGAAACAAAAAAGGAAGUCGUUGAAUGAGGAAAGAGAAAAGGAGGAGAAAAAGGAAAUUGCGAUUACUCCAUUUUUCUCGUUCUGGUCCUUUUCCUCCAGGAUGGAAGCAGAGAAAACCAAUGGGUCGUCUUCCUUCCACUUCCAGCCCUAGAAAGCGAAACUCAACUUCCCCUCUCCGUUCCUUUUUUUCACUCCCACAUUCUUCCGCCAUUGUUGAUGGCUUAAUGAUAUUGCUUACUCUGCCAUUUUGAUUUGGAGUACGGCACAAAACUUCCUUCUGGGACUCGGGGAGGAGCAGGCGAGUUUGCUCAUUCAUAGUCCGAAAGAUGGCAACUUUAUCCCUCUGAUUCAAUAAAGAAGUAGCCCCUUUGUUGGCUCCUGCAGAAGGGUUUCGUUUUCCCAUUCUCUUAGUUCGAUUUUUGAUAGCCAUGGCUAGGCGCCAUGGAUGGCAACUCCCCGUCCACUCUUUUCAGAUCGUGGCUAUAACAGUUUUCUUCUUGCUAGCGGUUGCGUACUAUGCCUUCUUUGCGCCUUUCCUUGGGAAGGACAUCUAUGAAUAUAUAGCUAGUGGUGUUUAUUCUGUUUUGGCGCUAUCUGUCUUCACUCUUUACGUGCGAUGCACUGCCAUUGACCCUUCUGAUCCUGGCAUUCUGCUCCAAGUUGCUGGGACAGCAGCAGAUAAAUCACAGAAUGGCACUGAUAUUCCUGAAAAUGGACCUUCGAUUGAGGAAGCAAACAAGGUUGGGUUAAGUACUGGAGGAGCAUCUGGUAGACAUGGUUCAACAUGUUGCUCAAUUCUUGGAUGUUUCUGCUGCGGAUUUCUGGCCAAAGCUGACUGCCGGAGCGAUGAAGACAUACUUUCUGGAGAUGAAGCUUUGUUCUGCACAUUAUGCAAUGCUGAGGUUCAUAAGUUCAGCAAGCAUUGCAGAAGUUGUGAUAAAUGUGUCGAUGGAUUCGAUCACCAUUGCCGUUGGUUGAACAACUGUGUAGGAAGGAAAAAUUACAUCUCCUUUAUUACUCUCAUGGCAACCAGCCUCGUUUGGCUUGCUGUUGAGUUUGGUGUUGGUGUUGCAGUCCUUGUUAGAUGCUUUGUGGAUCGAAAAACUAUGGACCAUCAAAUAUCAGAAAAGCUUGGCAUUGGGUUCUCCCGCCCCCCAUUCGCGGCAGUAGUGGCACUCUGCACUUUUGUAUCAUUCCUUGCCACAAUACCCCUGGGCGAGCUAUUCUUCUUCCACAUGAUUCUGAUCAGAAAGGGUAUCACAACAUACGAGUAUGUUCUUGCUAUGAGAACACAAAGUGAACCACCUGGACCAUCGGUCGAUGGAGGAGGUGAGCAGCAAAGUCUUCCAUCUUCACCGACAAGUUCUGCCGUGACAGCAAUUAGUGGAAGAAGUUCACUUGGAAUGGGGUUGCAGUACAAAGGCGCUUGGUGUACCCCUCCAAGAAUCUUCAUGGACAACCCGGAUGAGAUCAUCCCACAUUUGGAGCCUGGACGCCUACCUUCGACUGUUGAUCCCGACACAUUACCAGAAGGCAGCAAGAGAUUACCACCACGUCAAGUAAGAAUCAGUGCAUGGAAACUCGCAAAACUGGACUCCAACGAGGCAAUGAAGGCAGCUGCUAAAGCCCGAGCAUCUUCCUCUGUCCUCCGCCCAAUCAAAUCUCCUCGACACCAGCCUUACGACGCAGAUCAUCUCUCUGGCAGCAACUUCAGUGCCAGGAGCAGCCCCAUGAAUCCAAUCGAUCAACCUGGCCAAAGCAACGCUUCUUACGCCCCAAGCAACAUGAGCCAGACGAGCAGGGAGGACAUUGAGUCAUGCCGCCACAGCAUCAGCAGUGCCAAUGUCUCACACCUUGCUGCAUCACCAAUGCAGAAUCGAGACCAUUUCAACCCGAUGUAUCAGCCCUCAGCCGGCCAGUCUCCACUGUCGUCAGCUGUAAAUCACAAUGUGGGUCGAGUCCAGCCCCAAGUGGCAGCUGCUGGGAGAAGGAACAAUAAUAUGGGUGGUGGUGGUGGUGGGAUGGAGAGUAUGAGAGCUACGGUUCAUUGGGAUCCGGAUGCUGGCCGGUUUGUUUCCUCGUCGAUCCCAAGAGUCGGUGGUGGUGGUGUGGCUUCUGCCAAUAAUGCAGGUGUGUCGCAGGUACCUGGAGCAGAGCUUUUGCACACGGAGCAAUCCAUAUUCUUCGGAGGGCCAGUGGUUGGUCAUCAUCAGGGGAGGUCGCAGAGGGGCGGGCAGCUACCCGUGUUUGUUCCGAGUGAUUAUAAUCAGCCGAGUGAGUUCCCACCGGGAUACAGAUUCCCAUAGGCUUUCAAGUUUUAACCUGGAAUGUAGGAAAGAGAGGAAUGCAGAAUCUGUGGUACAGAAUUUUUCAGAGUUCUCUCUUUUUGGAUUAGGUUGGUAGAUUCUGUGUUUUGUGAGGACGAUUUCUCUGACCACAUUCUUAAUUUUUUUUAAUCCAAUUCCAUUGCAUUUCUAUGGUCGAAGUUAGAUCUUCAUGCCCACCCAGUGUCCAAAUCAAAAUUGAUUUGCAGAAGUGGAUGGGUGUGAGAUCUUUUAAUUUAUGUUUCUGUUUCUUCGUAGUUAAGCUGUCCAUUUGGAAGCCGACUAUGUAGAAUCAGUCCAAAAAGGUUAGCGCCGUUGCCGGGGAUCGAACCCGGGUCACCCGCGUGACAGGCGGGAAUACUUACCACUAUACUACAACGACUCAUUUUGCUUAAGAUUAGCCAUUUUUAUAAUAUAACCGUUUUUGGUGAUACGUGGUUGUAUUACAUCUGUGUGAACUGUUGAAUUAACUGCACUGUACUAUGGUCUUAUACUCUUGUUACUAUUUUGCACUGGCUUUUGGUCUGCAAUACUUAUAUUUUGUGCGCUAUUCGAUUUGAUUGUCAACUUUUUUUCGUGGUAAAAUUACUGCACCUCAUUAAUACGAAGUUAAGCAUGUAUUCUACUUUGGAGGCAACUUUUUAUAACUAAUCUGACCUCAUAAUCUUUCAAAUGUGGUGAAAGAAUUACGAAAUUGGGCUAAGCAAGUCUAUAAUGACCAAAACAAAAGAGCAUCAUACAUACAUAAAAGACCGAAGGAGAUUCUCCACUUGGACGGAACUAUAUAUAUAUAGUUACGGAUGGUAAGAAUCUAUUAAAUGAACUCGCAGUUAUCUGGAAAGACAAAUAGUUAUUAUAGUGACAACGUUCAAGAAUCAAUUGACUUAAGAAAGGUUAAUAGAAUAUCAAAAGUUGUUGGUCUUCGAAUGUGCAUCGAAAACAGAGAAACUAGAUUGUGUCACUCAAAGAUUACAAUGGAAACACCAUUUCACACUCGGUUGAACUCUCCUCACAUGUUACUAGGUUUUUCCCCAUUACUUGUUUACCAAAACAAAAGGAUUGAUGCAUCAGUGCUAUAAGAAUUCCGCAAGUGGUUAGUGACGAAAUGAAUAAGGAGUUGUGCACUAUUCUAUUCCCUCGUUGGAGGAAAUCAUAUAGGUUGUUUUUUGACCUGGGUCCUACAAAAUCCAAUGGUCCAGAUUGUUUUGCUGUAAUGUUCUUUCAAAGACAUAGGGACAAAACAAGGCCAGAUUUUUGCAUGGACGUUGAAGAUUUCUUUGAGGCUGCAGUUAUAACCCUACUGGUCCCAAUAACUCGAGUUGUUGAGAGAGGUUUAUUUAAGGUACUUAACCAUUUCCUUCAAGUCCCCUCAAACGAAAGCCGACUCAUGGACUUGAAGUUUGCUCAGGCCUCCCCAUACCAUGUGCUUUAAGAUAAUGAUUAAUAUUGGGGGCCGUGAGAACUUGAACACGUGACCUCAAUAACAAACCAGCUUUGAUAUAAUAUCAUAAACCAGUUGAUCCCAGUAACUCAAGUUGUUGGGAGAAUGUUAUUAUGGAAUGACAUAAAUAUAACCCUCAUUCCUAAAAUCCAGUUGUCUCAAAUAGUUUACCCCUAUUAGCUACUGUAACUUCAGGUGCAAAGUCAAUUUCCAUAAUUCUAUUCACCAAAAUGAAGAAGUGGUUAUCGG